AUGGUACGCGUCCGUUCGCCUGGCACAGCCUCGAGCGGGCAUUCGUCCUCGUCCUCGACAUCAUCCGCGUCCACCAGAUUGGUGGCAAGAGCCAUCGCCGCCGUUGUGGAGCUUGCGAUCUCUCGUUGGGCCCGAUCAUCUGACUCCACGUCUAGCUCAUCCUCUACCACUUCUUCUACUCCCUCAGCCACCACGCGGAGGCCUCCUAGACGACGUCGUCGUUCCAGCACCGUUGCUUCUACCGUUAACAUCGAUCCAACACAGCGCGCACUCGCACGCCAAGCCCUUGAGAACGCUCGACGGACCCCACGAGAAUUCAGCCUUCUUCUACCAACUGCUUCCGGAGUACCGUCUCAGGAUGUUCCUGGUGGCCAUUCGGCGCCUCAGGAAGGCUCUGCUUCUCGGCUGAUUCAAACGACUUCGCUGCCCCUUAUCUUGUCCAGUGUCGAGCAGGCUCUCCGUGACGCUGAUAGACUUCACCGUGAACAACACAAGUCCCUUCGACCGAAUUCUCGCUUCCAUCGUGCCAAGCCCAUACGUGCAAACAUCAUGUCAACAGCCACUCUGGGCUCUCCGGUCCACAACGCCGAAACUCCCCGUGCACCUUCCCCUCAAUACGAGGGCAAGGCAUCUGAAGGUGGGAUUACGCUGGAAGUUGGUUCACGAGGCCCAACGCCUCCUGUAACCGUGGCCCCAACUACGGCGGUGCUAUCUGGCUCAACGGAUCCAGCGAAGAGUGUGGGACGUAAUGCUCAAAAACCCUUGUCGAAACACCACCAUUCUAAGCCACUCAUUCGUGCGAGCAUGGGGACGGAUAACCUGUUGAGCACGAAUCGAGGCAUUCGAAAAAUUGCCGUGCAGGCUACCAAUGGGAAUCGUUCCGGUGGCACUCCACAUGUACAACCAGAAGAUGACUCAACUAUUUUAAGUGAUUUAUGGCAGAAAGCAUGGUGGCUCGAUGUGGCCUCUCCUACUUGGGAGGAUAUGCGUAUGCUUGGCACACUGCUUCAUCUGCACCCACUUACAUUAGAGGAUAUUUUGCACCAAGAUCCUCGAGAAAAAGUAGAGAUCUUCCCUCGCUUGGGUUAUUAUUUCGUCGUUAUUCGUUCCGUGGAUUUGAAUAAGUAUCUGGCUGAGAGGGAUCGUGAACAGUUACCAGGAGAUGAUGGACAAUCUCAAAACGAGGAGGAAACCCUUAAUGUGACGAAUGUUUAUAUCACUGUCUUUAGAGAAGGAAUUUGUUCGUUCCAUUUUUCGGAUUUGUCGGAACAUGUCAAUAGAGUUAGGAAUAAAUUUUUACAGAUGAAUAACGAUACCACAGUCAUGACAUCAGACCAUAUCGCGCAUGGCUUGAUGGAUUCCAUUGUUGAUGCUUUCAUUCCUGUCAUCAAGCGCAUCGGCUCUGAGGUGGAAAAUGUCGAUAGGCUUGUCGCCGGAGUGCAAGAUGAGGAUCAAAUGCUUCGUGACUGGCAAACUGCACUUCAACAUGCCGAGGUUACACAACAAGUUGCAACUCCGCCUCGUGGGGUUGAGCCUGAAGCGAUUGAUGUCUUUCAUCUUAACGAGAAAAGGAAAGAGUCACUUCCAACACCACCCACUUCUCAACCCCGUCAUCGCACUUGGAAUCGUGCAUGGCGGCGUUCAUCCUCACUAAUGCAAUAUCUGUUUCGCCAUAUCAGCCGUUACUGCGCCUCUUUGGGGACCGCUUGUGCGCACAGGAUCAAGAAACUUUGGCGGAGGCUUGUCUCUGCACGCAUGACUGGUCGGCCAAAGUGGCGUGCUGUCAAGUUGGCAAGAACAAAGACGCUCACAAGGAUGUCUCAGACUAGGCGGACCGUGACAUUACUCGCAAGGCUUCUUGCUCCCAAGAAUGAGGCACUUGGAAUACUGAGGAAAAGGCUGACGGGUGUCGCUGACUUAGGAGCGCACUUAGACGACGUCCAAGACCAUCUCUUGACAAUGCAACAGUCUUUGGUGUAUUACGAAAGAGUGUUGGCCCACUCUCAGCCAACAUACCUCUCGGGACUUCGAGUGAACCUUGCUCAGGCUACGAAUCGAGCAGAUUCGACGCUCUGGAAGCUUAGUGUUCUCCUAACGGCCAUUUACUGCAUGCAGGUAGUCAUCGGUAUCUUCAGCAUGAAUGUUCAUGUACCCCAUAACCAUCGUCCUAAAGAUGACCCGUUGGGUGCACCAGUUGGACAUUUCUAUUUGUUUGGGGUCGUGCUCAGUGUAAAUGUUCUGGCGGCAAUUGGGGUGUUUUGCGCCACUUGGUGGUGGUGGAAGCAAGCGAAGCGCAAGAGAGGACGACGGCUGCUGUAG